AUGCGGACUGACAGAGCUUCUGAAAUAAUAAGGCCCCUGGGGCAGACAAGCAUUCAUUCAUUUGAAAACAACAGUGAGAUUUCAGUGAACACCUCUGACUGUACACCAGUAGUUGUGCCAGAAGAAAUCUUCUUCACCAUUGCUACUCUAGGAAUACUGGAAAAUCUGCUCGUGCUUAUAGCAGUGGGGAGGAAUAAGAAUCUGCAUUCCCCCAUGUAUAUUUUUAUUUGUAGCUUAGCAGUUUCAGAUAUGCUAGGAAGCCUCUACAAGGCUGUAGAGAACAUCUUCUACAUCAUCUUUUGCAAAAUGCAAUACGUAAAAUGUCGAGAAAAAUUGGCAAAGACAAUGGAUGACAUUAUUGAUUUCAUGUUUAUUUUAUCACUGCUGGGGUCUAUUUUUAGCCUGUCAGCCAUUGCAGCUGAUCGAUAUAUAACUAUCUUCUAUGCACUCCGGUACCAUAACAUUAUGACACUGAAACGGGCUUUAAUGGUGCUGAUGUUAAUUUGGGCAUUCUGCACUGGAAGUGGCAUAGCUAUGGUCCUUUUCUCCUAUGAAGCAGUGACAGUGGUGUCCUUUACUGUUCUGUUCUGUUUUAUGCUCAUUUUGAUCCUUUGCCUUUAUAUCCAUAUGUUCCUGCUUGCACGCUCUCAUGCCAAAAAGAUUGCUUUGAUGCCUACAAGCUCUAUUCACCAGAGAGCUAACAUGAAAGGAGCUAUUACUUUAACUGUUUUAGUUGGUGUUUUUCUCUGCUGCUGGUCUCCCUUUGUCCUUCAUAUGCUUCUAAUGACCUUUUGCCCACAAAACCCUUACUGCAUUUGCUAUGGAUCCAUUUUUCAUGUGCAUGGGAUGCUGAUCAUGUGCAAUGCUGUGAUUGACCCAAUGAUUUAUGCCUUUCGAAGCCCAGAGCUGAGAAGUACAUUUAAGAGGUUGUUCUGCUGCCAUAAGCCAAGCUGGACCUAA